AUGCACAUUUCAUACAUCUCUCUGGCUUUGUUCGCCGUUGGCGCCAUCGCCGCGCCCGCCGCACCCGCCGCACUCGCCUCUCCCAAGCCUACCAGCAACGCCGAUGAGACCGCUACCGGAUUCCCUUUCACCCCAAUCGGCUCCUUCGAUAAUGAGGACAUUGAGGAAGGACUUGGACACUCAUUUUCCUCGGCCCUCGAGGCAAUGAAGAAGUCCGCUCAGCACGCAGCGUCCUCUACGGCCACUCCCACCCACGAAGUCGCGACCGUCCCGACUCCUGUCGUCUCCCAGGCCUCAACUCUCUCUCACGCCGCCCAUGCCGCCUCGCAGACCCCUGAGGUUUCCACUUCCGCCUCUACCACUCCCACACCAACUCCCUCUAAGAGCAAAUCUGCUCCUAGUUCCUCUGCUUCUAGUUCCUCCGCUGCCACUCCUUCCCCUACCAAGCCUGCUAAGAGUGACCCCCUUGGCGAUAUCAAGAAUCUUCCCGUUAUCGGGCAGCUCCUAGGCGGCCCCAUGGCUGCCCUCGGUCUCCAUCGUUGA